AUGGAGCAAGUUGAGCAACUUGGCCCAGAGAAAAUUUGGGGGGUAUUUGACUCCGUCUAUAAUGGUCUCCGUCGCCAGGAGCGUCGAGGACUCUGGUACCUCGCAGUCCAGAGCCGCUCAAGGCUGGAGGGGCAGGCAAACUUGGCAGCACCAGCCGGUCAUGUGGGUGCCGAUCCAUCCCCUACUAUAUCGACGAUAGAUACCCGAUAUCCCCCACCAGUGGAGGUGGAUCCCUCUGUUAUGGCCCCCAGCCCUUCGAGAAUGCAGAACGCAGAAGAUGAGCCGGCUCGACAACCACCAAGUAGCCUGUCGUUAGGACCGGAUAUAAGCAUGGCGAAGGGGACAAAAAAGGAAAAGAGGGCGGCAAGAAAAAGGGCGAGGAGGGCUAGAGAGGGAGACGGCCAUGCGUCUGGCAGCGGCCCCCAGACUCCUCCUCAUCAGGAAACAGGUGACAUAUUCCCAGGAACGGCGAGUUUCCUAUCCGUCCAACUCCAACUUCAAUCGACGAUAAACGACCUUGAAUCCCUCCUCAAGAUAAGCAAGGCUUGGAAACAGGAUAUUGACCAAAUCGUUGAACUUAAGAAGAUGCUAGAGUCUAAAUUUAGCUGCCCUCCUCGACAAUGA